AGCUGUUUGAGAAACUUGCUAAAGGCCUCCCUAUACAAAUAACAUUUCGAGAAGAACUCUAAAGCGGAGGCCGCUGCCUUUGACGAUGGCCGGCUCCGAGUCCGCUGGAAAUUUCAGGUCUUCGUACUACGAUAAGGCCGGAAUCCGGAAUGUUAACGAGACAAAAGCCCUCGAUCAGGCUCUCAGCCGCAAUCCUGUAGACAUAGGGAAGUUAUGCUGUCUCUUGCAACGGAUAACAGUGCCGGCUUCCCAUAGAGAACGCCUAUGGAAACUUGUUUUAGGAAUCACCCCGGCCGAUUCAAGGAUAGCUAAAUCGAUCGAAGAGGACCGGAGAGGACAAUUCGAGAUGCUCAAGUCAACGUUAGAAGUGAUGCGUCUCAUCGACGCGAAAUCGUCUCCUGUUGAAACAGUCACCUUGAUGAUAUUGCUGGAGAGAGGGGAACUCCAGAUGAACCACAAGAGUCAACUGGAUUCGGCAAUCGUUCGAGAUCUCCAACAAGUGUUUGGGGUGAUGUGCCAUGUCGCAUCCAAGCUUCAAGACGCCUACUGGUUAGCGAGGAACUUCCAUAAUCACAUGGUGGAACUCCGCUUCGACACCAAUGACUUGAUCAGUCAAACACGAAGUUUGUUGGAAAAAGACGACCCGACGCUACUCGAGUGUCUUGUUCGGGGAUCUCAGGAUGGCACGAUUUCCAUACAGCACUGGUUCAAUUUAUAUUUCGCCUCUGUCCUACCUGAGAGCGCUCUGCUCAAGGUCUGGGAUAAGAUCCUCGGCGGAUGCGUGGGCAAGCUCGGUUGCAAGCAUUUAACGACGACGGCCAAAAUAAUUUUAAUCCAGCUGCGACCCGCGAUCGUCGAAGCAAAAAGCAAUGAACAAAUUACUCAGAUUCUCCAUCAGCCACUACCAGAGGAGUUGGCAACGCCAUUGUUAAAUACGCUUAAGGGUGCAAACUAGUUCAUGAAUUGUUCUCUCUGCCAAAGCAAGUCCGAAGCUUCCUCAAACAGUCAAAGCCCUGCUCCGACCCAGCUUUCCGAUCAUCUCUUGAAGUACCUAUGGAGCCGCGCCGUGGGACCAUAUCGCGAAGGAAGAGUCACGUUCGGGACAGGAUGGACUGGGGAAAAUGCAUUGAAAUUCCGAUAAUCAAUUUGUGAGUGCCGGGAGCCGAGCGAGCUCCUCUAGUACUCUGGAAAUGCGGUCUUUCUGUGAGAAUCCAGUACAAGAUCUCGAAUGUGAGGCUAUCACGACGAUCGCUUGAUCUGAGCUUCAAACAAGAGAAGCUCAGUGUUCAUGAGAAAUUCGAAGGACUCAUGCAUACUCGAAACGAGACGCCCCCCUUGGAUCCGAACCGGGAACAGCGUCAACCGUGUUUUCUUCGUGAGGAGCAUUCGAUUUCUUUUCCCCCGUGGCUGGGAUUCGCCUGUAGAGUUGUCCGGAGCGGCUUCGUGGCCCGCUGCCGCCCAUGCACUCUCAGCUUACAGGUGCUUGUCAUCGUGAGGACCAUCCACGACGCGGUUCGGACUCCGAAUUUGUUUCCGAAUCUCGGUUCUAUGUCACGGGAUGCUCGUGCCCGCUCCUGCAGAUCUCGUUCGCUCUCAUGUCGCAUCUAGCGACUCCUUCGUCCCGGAAUAUCUUAAUACAUCCACAGAUAUAUUCGAGGCCGACCUGCGCUUGAAGGGGUUUAGGUGAGCAUGAAAUCCAGCUGAGCGCUAUGUUCUCGGUCCCCUUGUCGCUUGCGUCUCAUAUGAUAGCAUCCAGAGCUUGUCCCGAACACGUCAGUUAUGUCAACAGUGAAAACGGGAUGGAACGCUGACGAGAGGAUCGUCGAUGCUGAACAUUUGAAGUUCAUAAUUCGGUAGUACAAGAGAUGAUUGAGGAAGGUAAACUGUACUAUCAUGGAGAGGGUAAUGUCAAGCUGUUGUUCACGGACGCUGGGCUGUGGCGUCGGUCAGAGU